AGCCUGCCGAAGAACGAGCUGGCAAGCAGGGGCCAGUCUGCCACGCGCUCUCCUCAGGUGCACCCGGCAUGCCCUUUACUUCCUCCGGCUAGAAACACCAGCACUUUUGUCUGCAAUGGAGGCACUCAAGAGAUCGGCGAUCGGGACGUUUUUCCUACUCGCGUGUCUGGCCAGAGUUGCGUGGAGCGCAUCAGGAAGUAACUUGUGCAGCGGCAACCUCGGCGGCCAGCAGGGAAAAUACACUUGGGGGGAUGCCCUCACAGAUUCUCCUGACUGCAUCGGGCCGAAGGGCUCCCCUUAUCCAAGUGCUCAAAUCGCCAGAAUGUUUGGAAAAUUGAGGGGUGGAGAUGGAUUUUGGACCGGUUCGUCGAGGACUGGGCGCGGAACCUUCGGCUCGACUCCCCUUAUGGAACCCCUCGUGACAAGAAAAGCUUUGUUGAAGGCCUAUGAAAUCUCCAAAGGAAACAACGCCGUUGAGUCGAUACGAUCAGGAAGGGGCAGCAGCAAAAUGUUCCCGACAAGCCCGGCUACUGCGGCAGGUAAAGAUGCUUGCGCGUACAACAUGCCUGGCAGGCUGUGCAAAACCAGAUACAACACCACAGCGCCUAUGUACGGCGUGUCGCUCACCUCUGGGCAGCCAGUCACCAUUGUCCAGAAGUUCCCAGACCUCUUGCAGCAGGUUGUGUUUGAAGUUUGCGAGUCGAAGGAGUGUGCAGUGAUACAAGGCGAAUGCACGCAAACAUACGUGCCGUACCUCUUCUUGGUGAUCCCCCUUGGCCCAGUGACCCUAACGGGCCAAGACUACGUUCUCGUCGAAAGCGGAUGCACUUGCAGGCCAAAGUACGGCAGUACUGUGGCUGAAGAGGGCCUAGACUCGAUUCCACCCCUGCCUAAUUUCCCUUGAACUGCCCAGUUUUGAGUUUUUCCAUCUGUCAAGUGAGCAAACAAUCGUCGGUCAAGUGUCGAUUGAUUGUUACUUAUUUAUUGUGUGAUUGUGCAGAAACUUGUGUGAGGGUAAAACAACUACUGGUACACAAGAAUGUAAUGUGUCACUUUGGCAAACCGAGAAAACUUAGAAGUAUUUUGCCACUUGACACUUUACAGUGGAAUUAUUUAGUUCAGAACCCAUGUUUGUCUGAAGCGUAUGUGGAUGUUACGUAUUUUUAAUUAAAUUUUCCUUUAGUAGAGAAUGCA